ACAAGCAUCUCUCCCCCCUUUUCUCCCCCAAAAAAAGUUAAGAAAACUUGAAGGGGGUAUGGGGUAGGGGGGGGAGUUGGAGAAGUUGAGAGAAGCCUAAACAAAUACCUAAAGCUAAAGAGAGAGCUAAUUCUUGAUUUUCACUUCAUACCCCCUCCAAAACACUCAUGUAGAGAAAAAAAAGAAUUGCUUUUUUCUCUUUGAAGUUACAAUCUUUCUUGAUAUUUCUGUCACUCUGUCUAACCAAUCUUGCAUUUUGCUUAAAGUACAGUGUUCAAGUUGAUAUUUUUAUUUGUGGGUAAGAGGAAAGAAGAUGCCUAGACCAGGACCCAGACCUUAUGAGUGUGUUAGAAGAGCUUGGCAUAGUGAUAGGCACCAACCCAUGAGAGGUUCUAUCAUACAACAAAUUUUCAGGGUUGUAAGAGAAAGGCAUAGUGUUGUUACAAAAAAGAACAGAGAAUGGCAACAGAAGCUUCCUGUUGUUGUCUUGAAAGCUGAGGAAAUUAUGUACUCCAAAGCUAAUUCUGAGGCUGAAUAUAUGGAUCCUGAAACACUUUGGGAUAGGGUAAAUGAUGCCAUUGAUACCAUCAUUAGGAGAGAUGAGACAACAGAGAUUGGACAACUCUUGCCUCCUUGUGUUGAAGCUGCUCUUAAUCUGGGAUGUAUACCGGAGAGAGCGUCUAGGAGCCAGCGGAACAGCAAUCCAAGGAGUUACCUCAGCCCAAGAACUCAGGAACCUCAUUGUGUACCUCCUAAAGUUUUUAGUAGAAGUGCCAAUGAACUGAACUCUAACUCAUCGUUACCUGUUCGCUCUACAAACCAACCACUGUUCUUGAGACCUACAAAUGUCAAUACAUCCAGAUUAGCUUCAGAAUUUGACAGGCCUGUAAUGCCUUGCAUCAACAAUCUAGGUGCUUCCUCAAGUGCAAAAGCCAUUGUUAUUCCGGAAAGUAGUAGUUCAUUGGAUGUGGGUUCAGUAUAUCCCCUGUUCUAUGGUACUGAUCUUCAGCCUGAAGUUUCUCCGCUGGUCCUCCGAGAACCUCAGCAUAAUGUAAUUGUUGGCAAACCUAUAUAUCCAUCCAUUGUUGAGCCUGCUAAAAUCAGCUGCUUCCCAAGCUUGUUUCCUAGCAGGAGAGAUGAUGUUCAAGAAAAAUCUUGUCAAGCAGAUUUUAGGGACAAGACAAGAAGGAUGCCUGAAUUGGAUUGUGAUUUGUCCUUAAGGUUAGGACUCUCUGCAAACUCUGGCUUGCAGUUGCAACAGGGUCAAAUUAGUUGCAUUGGUGAUUUUAGGCCAAGUGGCAAUUCGAAUGAAGGGGACCAGUUCAAGCUUAUGUCAACCAGUAAAGGGAAAGAGUUUACUUUCUUUCCUGCAGAGUCUGCCAAUAGUCCAUCAGGGUUGCCAUCACGGUUGCACAGAGCUCAUGGAAAUUUGGAGGGUUAUGGUCUCAGUACGGAAACACUAUUUAUGAAGCAUAAGAUGCCCGUUAGGCCAAGUGAUGGUUUUCAGGAAAGAUAUGGCUUUGAGGCUGUGUCUACCAGCAAAGACAAGGAGUACCCUUUCUUUUUUGCGGAGUCUGCCAAUAGUCACUCCGGGUUGCAAGCAGGUCGGGCGAAUUUAGAGGGUGAAGAUCAGACUGCAGCAACACUACUUAGGAAACGUAAGAUGCCAGUCCAUAACAAUAUGGAACUUGGACAAUUUUUGUGGCAAGAUGAGCGAACUUUGAACCGUUUUCCUGGUCAAAUGAAAAGGCCAGGUUUGUAGUUUGUAGAGAGGUCCAUUUUGUUGUAUGAUAAAAUUUUGAGAAAAGAGAAGUUUAGGAUGCCUCCUUUGCAUUUUA